AUGUCGAACCAAUGGACCGUUGACCCAGACACGCGUAGGAAGUUGCUAGCUUUGCAGAAGCAGCCAACAAACAAGAAAUGCUUUGAUUGCCAGGCACCGAACCCACAGUGGGCGUCGCCUAAGUUUGGAAUCUUCAUCUGUCUCGAGUGCGCCGGGAUCCACCGUGGGUUGGGGGUGCACAUCUCGUUUGUGAGAUCGAUCACGAUGGACCAGUUCAAGCCGGAGGAGUUGAAGCGCAUGGAGCUGGGCGGGAACGAGAACUGCGGCAGCUACUUCAGCUCGCACGACGUGGACAUGAAGCUGCCUGCGAAGGAGAAGUACAACAACUACGUGGCCGAGGACUACAAGGCGAAGUUGGCGGCAGAGGUGAAUGGCGAGGAGUGGACCGAGCCAGACCACACGGGAGAACCCAACAGUAACAGCAGCUCCAUUGCCAACGACUCCGCCAGCUCGAGAGGCCCGCAGAAGGCCGAGAACGAACACUACUUUGCAAAGCUGGGAAGCCUCAACGACACCAGGCCUACCGAUCUCCCCCCUUCCAAGGGCGGCAGGUACCAGGGCUUUGGCAGCACGCCUGCCCCAGACUCGGGCUCCGGCGCCGGCAACGCUGCGGCCGGCUCUCUGGCCGGCUUCACGCUCGAGGCGUUCCAGAGCGACCCUGUCGGCACGUUCAGCAAGGGGUGGGGUCUGUUUUCCUCCACCGUGGCGAAGUCCGUGAAAGAGGUGAACGAGUCGGUGAUCCAGCCCAGCGUCAAGCAGUUGGGCGAGCAGGACUACACGAUCCAGGCCAAGAGGGCUGUGGAGCAGUUCGGCCAGAGGGUGUCGGAAACCGGCUCGGUGCUACAGGGCCAGUUUGCCGAGCAGCAGCACCAGAACAGCAAGUUCGGACAGCUAUUCGACGGUUUGGGUGACGCGUCGAUCCAAGACGAGGCUGAGGUACAGCCGGCGUUUGGGUUGAAGAAGCCCGAACAGAAAACCACCUUGCCUGGUCUCGGCGGCAACGUCAGGGCCAGCAAGGACGACGACGACAAGUGGGAGAGCUUCUGA